CGCAUGCUGCGCUACCACAUACAUAUAUACCACCUACCUCAGAUGGACGCCAAGCGAGAGACCAAGCCGCGGCUUCCAUCGCAGCCCUACCGGUUGAUAAUUCAGAAGCGUCGAUGUCGGUAGGCAAGAAGCCGUCGCCGUCGACGUCGCGGCACAACGCGGAGGAGGCCGUCCAAGAAGUAGAGGGAGGAGACAACGGCCGCGACGUCGCCGUGAUGCAGCGCAAGGAGAGCGGCAGCAGAAGCGGCGGGAAGAAGGCCGCCGAUCAGCGGCGGUACAGGCGGUGCUUCUCGGGGCUGGAGAUCAGCAUCGGUCCGGGCCCGCUCAAGGACGUCGACGCCGGCAAGCUGAAAGGCCAGAUCAGGAAGUGGGCCAGAGCCGUCGUGGGCUACGCGCGCCAGCUCAGCUUCGGCUCGCCGAGGUCCUCCCCUCGCAAGUCAGGCGACGGCGUCGGCGCCACGCCGAAGUCGGCGGCCGUCCGGUCCAAGUAUGGCCUCAGCGGCGCCAGGAGCGACCCUCCCUCGGCCGUGCUGCCACCGUGAAAGCUUUGGUAGCUUAGAAGAGUACUCCUUGACCGGUCGGUUGCGUGUGACCAUGAAGAGUUAUGCAGCUUCUUCCUUUCUUCCUCCCAUCUUAUAACAGUAAAAAUUUAUCUCUUUCGGUUGAGUAUAAGAUUCUUUGAUUUAAUUGUUCGUGCGUAGAUACCAGAUAUGUACAUGUUUAAUAAUAAUGAUUUAGUCCUACCA